AUGGCGGACGAGGAGAGUAGCCCCCUCCUGGCCGAGCAGGCUAGGGAGGAUGCCACCGCGCACAGCGGAUGUGGAUCUGAGCACAUCAAGAAGGCGGAGGUCUGCAAGGAUCCUGCGGCUCCUCCCCUGGGUGCCGCGUCGCCGGGAUCUGCCGGAGGGUGGACGGUGGACGGGCUGCCGCUAGGGCACGCCAGCGUCAUGGGGGAGCCGGUGGGCCGCGGUCACUGGGACUCUGGUCUGUUCUCUUGCCUCGGGCGCAGUGAUGAGUUCUGCAGCAGCGAUCUUGAAGUCUGUACGUACAAUUAUCGACACUUACCUUUUCCUCUCUUCGUGAAGAAUAAAUCGUAGGUCUGUAGAUUUAUAUCAGAACCGCUCUCUUUGAGAAUGAUAGGUCCAGUAAUUGAGGUCGUAUUAUAUAGAUUGAUUCCAUUUGGUAGGCCGUUGUCUUCGUCUGUUUUCUCUUUUCCUGUUUGCUAGCCGGGACAAUUAACCUUCUUACUUUUUAAUGAGAUUUUGAUAUAUUCUUUAAAUUUUAUGCUUGCUGGUAAAUGUUUUGUCCUGGCCUUUUUUCCGUCCCUCGUAUUCACCUUUCUGCAAGAAGGGUUUCUAAUUAGGGGAUCGAGAUGUACUUGGCGUCUAUCACCUCUAACUGAUGACUUUUCUCCGCGGCUUAAUCAAACAUUCAGGAAGAUGAUAGAAGAUGAGCCGAUGGGCAUCAAUAGAGUUUGGAAGAUGUCCUUUGUCUGUCAAAUAUCCUAUUUCACCUUUUUCUGGUCCCAGACCAGGGGCCCUAGAAGUAUCGACGUUAAGUAUAUGUCGUUUUGCCUCAAAUACGCUUUAUUUCUUGGCUUUCUUUCAUUUGGAAUCUUCCGUAUCUGUUUCCCAUCCAAUUAGUUUGGAAAUCGAUGAGAUUAGAGGUCGGUGAUCCUCAGCCUAUGAUUAUUUUCCCAUUUAUUUGGGGAUAUUUUUCCCUCCCCAAAGCAGUAAACUGUCGUUUCUCAUUCUUUCUGCUUUUGCAAACCCCCAUCGCUUGAAGCAUCAGACAAGUAUCACUUUUUCCUGCAGUUUUGUUUUUUCAUUGCGUUUGCACGAAUUUUAUUGUGUGAUAAACUUGGUGCCAUAUUAAUCACAGGGAAUCCACUCUUUUAAUCUUUCACACAGGCAUAUUGUGAUGAUCGCGAUUGUAAUGCAAAUAUUGUGAUAAUUGGAAACUUUUUUCCCUACCUUUCAUCUCAGCUGACAUUCGGUUCAUUUUAGGUCUUCUUGGAAGUGUUGCUCCUUGUGUUCUUUAUGGUGGCAAUGCUGAGCGGCUUGGAUUGUCUUCGGGGUCUUUUGCAAAUCAUUGCGUGGCAUAUACAGGCCUUUAUAUGCUUGGGAAUUCAUUUUUUGGUUGGAAUUGCCUGGCCCCAUGGUUUUCUUACCCUACCCGCACAGCGAUUCGUCGUAAAUUCAACCUUGAGGUAAGCUUCUGCCUUAUAUUACAAUAAAAACAGUUCUCUCAGUUCUCCCCAUGAUUUAAUUUUCCUGAUGGGUUAUCUGCGCGUAUUCACAAUGCCAAAAUCCAAGAUAGUUUUGUUUGUUAGGGUAUCUUCCAUUGUUGUAUGAUCGUAGCUCGUGCCCGUGCGUUAAUCAGAUGGUCUAGAUAGAGAGAAAGGGGGGGCGGGUGCCACCAGAGAUAGAGAGGAAACUUGGUGCAUAAUGAAAUCGGAGGAAGAAAGUGUUUUUGGAGAGUCAGAAGGAAAGCAAACGAUUAAGUCUGUUGAAUUCACCGGCUACGUCUACUGUCAUAUUAGUACAGUUAAAAAUUGGCCGUGUUAGCUGUAGUUCUUUCAGUAGAACAACUCAAGCUCUUGCCAAUUGAAACGCCACGUGCUUAUCGCUAAACACCCAUCACUCUGUGAGCAGGGCAACUUCGAGGCGUUCUCCAAAUCCUGCGGGUGCUGCGGCAACAUGGUGAAGGACGAGGUACAGCGCGAGCAGUGCGAGUCCGUCUGUGACUUCGCCACCCACUUGUUCUGCCACCCGUGCUCCCUCUGCCAGGAAGGGAGGGAGCUGCGCCGCAGGGUGCCGCAUCCAGGGUUCAACGGGCGUUCUGCACUGGUCAUGCUACCCCCGGGGGAGCAGACGAUGGGCCGCGGCGCCUAG